GGCUGCAUAAGGGGAUAUGACUUCUGCUGAUGCUGCUACUCAAAACGACAAGAAAAUUGUUGCCCAUGGAUUUGCUUGUCCAUGUUGCUGUGCUCCUGCUGAUUGCACUUUUGGGUGGAGGCCGAUUUGCAGGCUGUUAUUUGCUGGUCAAUAACGUUAAAUGGACAACAAUUCCUAGCUACCCAAACCCAACGUCUGUUUAUGUGAGUCAGCCAUGGCUUACUGAGGGAAAUACCAUGUAUUCGGCGAAUGUACUUGACAGAACUCGGUUUCGUCCCAAGUGGUACGGAGAGGGUGACGUUGGCUUCAUGUGCAUGGGCGAUAUGACAAUGUCCUCCCAGCCCACAGAGGGGGAUUCUUGGUAUUUCUUGCCACCUUCUGCCUUUGCAGACCAAUUGCAAUCGCCAUAUGCCUAUGGAGGUGUAGUGACUUUCUUUGCUUGGCAGUACCUGCCCUUAGCUCCUUCCGAGAUGUCGCAGGGGAAUGACGUUGUCAGGAUCAGGCUUGGUGUUCCAAAAUCGAAAAGGCACCUCGUUGUGAGCCGGCGCUACCCUCAGCCUGUGACUGGGAACCCCCAGGAGUUCACCAUUCCGCUGAUGGAGGAGGGAUGGACUGUAACCCAUUCGUACAAGGCGUUCUUUGGUUCUGCCGAUACAUGGGAGGAGCCUGCCACUGCAGAAAUCUUCCGUGAGGCCCUGUUUGACCCAGUGCCUGGAACAGCUUUUGCCAUUGGUGGUGACUUCGCGGUUUCAUCAGAUCGGCAAUGGAAUGAUUAUGGCUGCAUAGCCAAUGUUACCUUUAUUCCAGAAAUCAACGGUGUCAAUGUUGUCGUUUCUGUGACUACCGCCGGUAUCCUCAUUGAAGUUGUUCUCGAUGCUGUUGGUGCUGUAGUUGGUACUGUUGUCGGUGGCUGCAUAUGGCAUGCUAGCGUUGCUGAUGGCGCAGACUCCCCAGACGAGGUGAUGACAUCAGCCUCCAGCAUGAGCCGCUCCAUCACUGCUGAACGCUGGUCGGCGCCUUCAUCGAAAAUAGCGUAGCAACUGCUUAGCAGCGCAGCCGCCUUCCACCAAUCAACAAGAGCUUCCAGAGACGGAUCAACGCCCACCUCGAUCUGCCAAAGUAUGGCUAAGAGUUGUUGGGAUUUGUCCUCCAGCCAUGCAGCCGGUGAUGACGCCCCCCAAUCGCCACCUGGCCAAGCCUGGGAGGCGGAGGAUAAAACCCCAACCAGUAUUUGCAGGCGCUAUCGAGGAUCUUCAAGCGUGAGAAGCCCCGUGUCCGCUUGUAAUUCAAGAUUCCCAGAUGAGGCCAUGGCUAAACAAACAAGCUACCACGUG